GGGUCCGGCGAAGGGGAGGGCGGGGCCAGCUCCUGGCCGCGAAGACAGCACUUCCAGCGAGCGCGGAGGCCGGAGUGGAGAGAUGCUGUGGUUCCAGGGCGCCAUUCCGGCCGCCAUCGCGUCGGCCAAGAGGAGCGGCGCGGUCUUCGUGGUGUUCGUGGCAGGUGAUGAUGAGCAAUCUACACAGAUGGCUGCAAGUUGGGAAGAUGAGAAAGUGACAGAAGCAUCUUCAAACAGUUUUGUUGCUAUUAAAAUCGAUACCAAAAGUGAAGCCUGCCUACAAUUUUCACAAAUCUAUCCUGUAGUGUGUGUUCCAUCCAGUUUCUUUAUUGGAGACAGUGGAAUUCCCUUGGAAGUAAUAGCAGGAAGUGUUUCUGCAGAUGAACUUGUUACCAGAAUUCACAAAGUCCGGCAGAUGCACUCAUUAAAAGGUGAAACAUCAGAGGCAAAUGGCAGCCAGUCAGAAAGUUCACACUCUACUCCAUUCACCUCAUUUGAUCCUAACAGUACUUCUGAAGACUCUCAGUCGAGAAAUGUAGAACUUUCUGAGACACCACCCACUUCUGAUACAAAGUCAGAUUCCGCAACAGGAGGAGAAAAAUCAGGCCAUGCCACUUCAUCUCAGGAGACUAGAGGAUGUUCAAAUUCAAGACCCUCGGAGGACCUCACUGUCAAAGUGGAAAGACUAACCAAAAAACUUGAAGAAAGGAGAGAAGAGAAAAGGAAAGAGGAAGAACAGAGAGAGAUUAAGAAAGAAAUUGAGAGGAGAAAAACUGGAAAAGAAAUGUUGGAUUAUAAAAGAAAGCAAGAAGAGGAAUUAACAAAAAGAAUGUUAGAGGAAAGAAACAGAGAAAAGGCAGAAGAUAGGGCAGCUCGAGAGCGUAUAAAACAGCAGAUUGCAUUGGAUCGUGCAGAGAGAGCUGCUCGUUUCGCAAAGACAAAGGAAGAAGUAGAAGCUGCUAAAGCUGCUGCCUUGCUGGCUAAGCAAGCAGAAAUGGAAGUUAAGAGGGAUGCUUCUGCAAGAGAAAGAAGCACUGUUGCAAGAAUUCAAUUUCGUCUUCCUGAUGGUUCUUCCUUUACAAAUCAGUUCCCUUCUGAUGCUCCUCUAGAAGAGGCAAGGCAGUUUGCUGCACAGACUGUUGGCAACACAUAUGGUAAUUUUUCAUUAGCAACCAUGUUUCCCAGGAGAGAAUUUACCAAAGAAGAUUAUAAGAAGAAAUUAUUGGAUUUGGAACUUGCCCCAAGUGCUUCAGUGGUACUGUUGCCAGCAGGAAGACCAACUACAUCUAUGGUACAUUCUUCCAGUGGAGACUUUUGGACAUUGUUGGGGACAGUACUUUACCCAUUCCUUGCCAUCUGGAGAUUGAUUAGCAACUUCUUAUUUAGUAAUCCUCCUCCUGCACAGACCUCAGUGAGAGCAUCUUCGGAAUCCUCAAACCUUGCAUCGUCUAGCAAUUCAGAGAAAAGGGAACCCGUCAGAAAAAGAGUGCUGGAGAAACGGGGAGAAGACUUUAAAAAAGAGGGGAAGAUAUAUAGAUUGAGGACUCAAGAUGAUGGUGAAGAUGAAAACAACACUUGGAAUGGAAAUUCUACUCAACAGAUGUAGUGUGACAAGUACAUUAUGUGCAAUAAUCAUUGUUUCUCUUAUGAUUUAAUUCAACUAGAAUUCUACUGGAGAGGUGGGACUACUUUAUGUUUUUUAACUGAUCUAUAAAGUGUCUCUUUAUUCCUGCUUA